CCUCUCGGCGUUAUUGUUCCGACCCGUACUACUACUACUACUACACUACUACACACCACUACAACCUUCCUUAGUAAGGUAGCCUGGGUAACGGCCAUUGCGGGAUUACUACCUACCUCCUCUUACUCUUAUAUUCACUGUCUUUAUCUUCUCUCCUCUCUCCUCCUUCUUCUGUUCCUUCUUGUCUCCCCUCCUACUCAUUCUCAAGCAAGAAAUCCAAAACGAAAAGGCAUAUAUACAGCAUGCUUAGACCACCACACUCGCUAUAAGUAAUGACCGACCACCACGCAACACCCGCAUCGCCCACCCGGGCCUCCAGCGACCCCUUCAUGGACCCCGCUGCCCCCGACGCCUCCGGCGAUGGAGACAUUGACUUCGCGCGCGACACCACCCUCGUGGUCGGCAAAGAUGCCAGCCUCACCCUCGGCACCGAGUCGCUGAUUGUACUUGAUGACGAUAUUCAAAAAGACGGAAAGACGUCGUGCUGCGCGCUGUGCCGGCCCGGAAGCUCCAACACCCGCGCCAUCCCCUUCUACAACGUCCUCUGGGCCGAAACCUCCGACACCCUCCUCACCAUCUCCUUCGCGGCCCCCAUCUCCAAAAUCGCCGUCCGCCCAGAAUUCCUCACCUACCCCCUCCCCCUCGACCCGGGACCAGCACGCAUCUGGAUCGCCAAGCUCCUCGACCGCGCGUACGGCGAGUCGCAGAAGCGCAAGCGCGCGAAGGUGCUCCUGAACCCGCACGCGGGGAAGGGCAGCGCGGUGAAAUGGUGGAUCAGGGAUAUUGAACCGAUUCUCCGCGCCGCGCACGUCGAGCUCGAUGUACACACCACCUCGAGCCAGGGGGAGGCGGUCACGAUCGCAGAGAAAUUGGAUAUCGAGGCCUUUGAUAUGGUGGUCUCGUGCUCGGGGGACGGGCUGCCGCAUGAAGUUUUCAAUGGGCUUGGAAAGCGCCCGGAUGCUCGGCGUGCACUGGCUAAGAUCGCGGUCGUGCAGAUGCCGUGCGGUAGCGGGAAUGCGAUGAGCUGCAACUUGACGGGCAGCGCGAGCCCCAGUCUCGCAGCCCUGGCGACGGUAAAGGGUGUCGUGACGCCACUGGAUCUCAUCUCCAUCACGCAGGGGUCGACGCGCACGCUGUCCUUCCUGUCGCAAUCGGUUGGCAUCGUAGCCGAGUCUGAUCUGGCGACUGAGAAUAUCCGCUGGAUGGGACAGGCGCGCUUCACCUACGGCUUCCUGACCCGACUGCUGAAGAAGAGAAUAUACCCGUGUGAUUUGGCUGUCAAGGUCGUGAUUGAGGAUAAGGCUGCUAUUAGGGAGCAUUAUCGCCAGGAGAGUGAGAGGAGGGGUACGUUGGGCGAGAGACGCGGGAAUAAAGAUGAGAACGAUGAUGAUUCGGCGGCCAGCACGAGCGCGGCGAAUGAGGAGGGAUUGCCGACGUUGAGGUAUGGGACGGUCAAUGAUAAGUUGCCUUCGGACUGGGUGAAUGUUCCCUAUGACACGUUGGGCAAUUUCUACUGCGGUAAUAUGUCCUACAUGGCCGCCGACGCAAACUUCUUCCCCGCCACCCUGCCAAGCGACGGCCUCAUGGAUCUAGUCUGCAUCGAUGGCCGCAUCGCGCGCACCGCCGCCGUGGACCUCAUGCUCGCCGUCGAGAAUAACAAGUUCUUCGACAAGCCGCUCGUCAGCUACCGCAAGGUGCUCGGAUACCGCAUUGUUCCCCGCGAGCAGGAGUCGGGAUACAUCAGCAUCGACGGGGAGAGAGUGCCUUUCGAGCCAUUCCAGGCGGAGAUUCACCGUGGGUUGGGGACUGUGUUAAGUUGCUCGGGGUGGAAGUACGAGGCGCAGGGCCCAUAGUUGGGGGGGUGUCUUGUACAAGAGGGUAGGAGAUGGGGAAUAAGGGAUGAUGAUGGAUAGGAUAGCGUUUGGAGAUCAGUUUUUCGUCGCGUCGCGUCAUGGCAUGAUAUACCCAGGAGUUGCCAUAGUCGAGGACGCUUGUAUAAUAGACUUGUGUAGAUUGUACAGAAUGCAUUAAUCGUCACCUCUUGCCAAC